AUGUCGGCCUUUCCUGCUGCGAGCCCCUCCAUCUGGGUCGGCGGCCUGGACCCCAACCUCAAUGAGCAGAAGCUCUAUGACCACUUUGUGCGCAUUGGGCCGGUGGCUUCUGUCCGUGUGUGCGUCGACUCCGUCACACAGAAGUCGCUGGGAUACGGCUACGUGAACUUUCAGAACCCUGCCGAUGCCGAGAAGGCCCUUGAUCAGGCUGGCGUCAAGCUGGGAUCGAAGCACAUUCGCAUUGCCAAGAUUCAGCGCGAUCCAUCGAAGCGCCGCAGUGGAGUGACCAACAUUGUAGUGAAGAAGCUCCCACCCACCGUGGACACCUACGCUCUGAAGGAGAUGUUCUCCCGCUUUGGUCGCCUCACUGCUAUCGGUCUCGCCACCAACGAGCAUGGCGACUCCCGCGGUUACGCCCGCAUCUCCUUCGAGAAGGAGGAGUCUGCAGUGGAGGCGGUUCAGGAAGUGAACGGAAUGGUCAUUGAUGACUGCACCAUUACGGUGGAGCGGUACCAGCCGCACCACCGCGAGGAGCAGCUGAAGCAGUUCACGAAUCUCUACGUGAAGAACCUCGAUCCCUCCGUGGACGACGAGAAGCUCAAGGAGGUCUUCUCUGCCUACGGUGAAGUAACAUCCGCCAAGGUGCGCGACCUCGGUGCGAAUCAGACGGUGGGCUUUGCCUACGUCGCCUACGCCACGCACGAGGCCGCUGCCAAGGCGGUCGAGGAGCUUGACGAAAAGGAAAGCCCCUUGGCGAGUGAGGGGCAGAAGUUGAGUGUGUGCCGUUUCCGCUCCCGUGAAGAGCGCGAGCGCGAGCGCGAACGCCUGCGCCGCGAGCGUCAACAGCAGCACAGCAAGUACCCCAACCUCUACGUGAAGAACUUUGACGACACUGUCACCAGCAGCCGUCUUAAGGAGCUCUUUGAGCGCUACGGCGAGACCGUCUCCGUCUGGGUCAUGAUGGACAAGGCAACCAAAAUGUCUCGCUGUUUCGGUUUCGUCUCCUUCAAGGAGCAGAGCGCCGCGAGCCGCGCUAUUCAGGAGCUCCACGGGAGCACUAUCCUUGGCCCCCGCCCGCUGUUUGUGACGUAUGCUCUCCGCAAGGAUGCUCGUCGCCAGACUCUGGAGGACAUGCGCAACAAGCAGCCGCGCAUGCGCCAGCCGCCGAUGGGUGGUUUGAUGGGUGGCAUGAUGGGCCCGCAGCUUGGCUUCAUGGGCCCCCAGACCAUGUUCAACGGCGUGCCGUUUGCGAACCCCCGCAUGCCCAUGAUGCCCGCCACAAUGGGCAUGGGUGGCCCGAUGCGUCCGCUGGGACCAACACCGAUGAACCAAGUG